UCUCACUUGUACCCUCCUCCUCUCUAGAGCCUGCUGAAUACCUGUGCAGUGCUGAGCUACAGCAUGAUUGCUGAUCAGACUAACAUCAGGUUGUGUUCUGUCGUCAGGAGUCCAUUCAUGUGCUGACUCUCCUGCCUUGGCAUAUAGACGGUCAACAGCCAUGCCACGUUCUCGCUGCCAAUAGUUAUGACCAUGCCCCUUCACAGCAAAACCACAGGAAUAACCUUGUUGCAUCAGAUUCAAGCUUCAGAAUUGGAGACGAUAAGCAGACCACCACUAAAGUUACCACUUGAGAGACCCCUUGGUGAAAUGUAUGUGGAGAGCAACAGGACAGGGAUUUUUAACUACCCGGAGGGCACUUCUUAUGACUUUGCUGCUGCUACUGCACCAGUCUACAGCUCUGCCAGCCUCAGCUAUGCAGCAGGUUCAGAAACAUUUGGAUCCAGCAGCCUGGCUGGACUUCAUUCCUUGAACAACGUGCCACCAAGUCCAGUUGUUUUUCUACAAACAGCACCGCAGAUCUCCCCCUUUAUUCACCACCAUGGCCAGCAGGUACCAUACUAUCUGGAGAGUGAGCAAGGCUCAUAUGGAGUAAGAGAAGCCGCGCCUCCUACAUUUUACAGGUCAGGUUCAGACAACAGACGUCAAAAUGGAAGGGAACGCAUAGCUUCAGCUAAUGAAAAGGGAACACCAACAAUGGAAUCCAGUAAAGAGACUCGAUACUGUGCAGUAUGUAGUGACUAUGCAUCUGGAUAUCACUACGGCGUGUGGUCAUGUGAGGGCUGCAAGGCUUUCUUCAAAAGAAGUAUACAAGGACAUAACGAUUACAUGUGCCCCGCAACCAAUCAGUGCACCAUCGACAAAAACAGGAGAAAGAGCUGCCAAGCCUGUCGUCUCCGCAAAUGCUAUGAAGUGGGAAUGAUGAAAGGGGGUAUCAGAAAGGAUAGGAGAGGAGGGCGUAUGUUGAAGCACAAACGCCAAAAAGAGGAGCCAGAGCAAAAGGGUGAAGAAAAUACAUCAGAGAUACGGACAGCCUCCAUUUGGGUGAACCCCACUGUUAAAAGCAUGAAAUUGAGCCCUGUAUUGUCUUUGACGGCAGAACAGCUAAUCAGUGCCUUAAUGGAAGCUGAGCCACCUAUUGUAUAUUCUGAGCAUGACUCAACCAAACCUUUCAACGAGACUUCCAUGAUGACCCUACUCACAAACCUUGCAGAUAAGGAGCUUGUGCACAUGAUUAACUGGGCCAAAAGAGUGCCAGGUUUUGUUGACUUGAAUCUCCAUGACCAGGUACAUCUCCUGGAAUGCGCUUGGCUUGAGAUCCUUAUGGUCGGAUUAAUCUGGCGCUCCGUGGAACAUCCUGGCAAACUUUCAUUUGCUCCUAAUCUCCUACUGGACAGGAAUCAAGGCCGUUGUGUAGAAGGCUUGGUUGAGAUUUUCGAUAUGCUGGUUACCACAGCCACACGAUUCCGUAUGAUGAGACUGCGAGGAGAAGAGUUUAUCUGUUUGAAAUCUAUCAUCCUACUAAACUCCGGUGUAUACACUUUUUUGUCUAGUACCUUAGAAUCCCUAGAAGACACUGACCAUAUUCAUUUGAUUUUGGACAAAAUAAUAGACUCAUUGGUGCAUUUUAUGGCUAAAACUGGACUUUCCCUUCAGCAGCAGCAAAGACGCCUGGCUCAAUUGCUUCUUAUUCUGUCACAUAUCAGGCAUAUGAGCAAUAAAGGAAUGGAACAUCUGUACAGUAUGAAGUGCAAAAACGUUGUGCCACUGUAUGACCUGCUGCUGGAAAUGCUGGAUGCGCAUCGGAUGCAUACACCCAAAGAAAACUUUGUAGCUCAAGAGGAAGACAGCCAGAGCCCAUUAACUGCUGCACCCACAACUUCACCAUGUUUGCAGCCUUUUUAUGUGAAUAGGGAGGAAGCAAGUUUACAGAGUGCAGUAUAAAAGCAUUUUCAUUUUACUGUAA